CCAAGGUCUCCGGUACUUACAUGCCCUCUUGGGAAAAAGCGCAUGGGAAAUCUCUCUCGAGCAGGGCGGUGUGUGCAGGCAUGCGGCGGGCUCACACCUGGGAGGGAGGUGUGGUCUUGUUGGCCUCUUGCUUGAUGCGGAAUCUCAGGACGAAAUCCUUACCCGCGCGGACUUGGCCGCUGUGCGCUUGGCUCGGUGUGUUGCACUGCGCCACCGAGACCAAUUGCGGGUGCAGGAUGACAGGAGGGUGAUUUAACUUUGACGUUGCGGACUUUUGGCUUGUCCGGCAGGCGUGUGCGCAUACUUAUAUAUUGCAGAGGGUGCAAGUGCCGGUGGGUGCAUCUCCAACAAGUCGGUCUUUUCGUCGCGUCGUUCAUUCAUUACUCACAUUCAUUCGUUUUAUAGUGGAGUUGAUUCUCUGCGCUGCCGUUCAUUCAUUUCGUGAUUUGACGUUUGAGAAAAACUAAGAAGAUGCUUCCUGCUUUGGCUGUCGCCCUGGGUGGCUCCGUCGGUCUCGCGGCAGGCCAUCCGCACCCCCAGCGUCGCGAGGUCGCGGCUUUCCCCGCGGGAGCGUCGUGGGAUAUCAUUCUGAACAAGGGGAGCACCAACCUGGACGAUCUGGCCAGCACGGCAAGUGCCGAGGUCACUGCUAUCGACAUCGAUCUCUUCGACAACGAGGCGUCGACCAUCAGUGCCUUGAAGGACCAGAACAAGCAAGUCAUCUGCUACUUCAGCGCUGGAUCCCGUGAAGACUGGCGCGAGGAUGCGAACAAGUUCAAUGCGGAUGACUAUGGGCAGGGCCUGGAAGGCUGGGCCGGCGAGAACUGGGUCAAUGUCAAGAGUGACAACGUGCGAGCAAUCAUGAAAACACGCAUAGAGCUCGCAGCGCAGAAAGGCUGCACCGCCGUCGACCCUGACAAUGUCGAUGGAUUCAACGACAACCAAGACGGCUUCGGGCUCGACCAGUCUGCGUAUGCCGACUACGUCAAGUUCCUUGCGUCCACCGCCGCGGCCAACAACCUCGCUAUCGGCCUCAAGAACGCCCUCGACCUCAUCCCGGACGUCGUCGAUGUGAUCCAGUUCGCCGUCAACGAACAGUGCCACGAGUACGACGAGUGCGACAAGUACAAGCCCCUUACCGAAGCUAACAAGGCCGUCUUCAACAUCGAGUACGGCGGCAACGCAUGCAACAGCCCCGCCGGUGUCAACCUGUCUAUCCUGAUCAAGAACGAGGACCAGAGUCUGAAUGCGCUGGGCGGCGCUUGCAGUCCGAGUGGUGGGUCUGAGCAGGCUUCCGCUACACCUGCUGCCUCGCAGUCUGCGGUCGCGGAGAACACGUCUGUGCCGACUCCUGCGCAGACGCCGACUCUAUCUGCGGCACCGGCUGUGACCCCGACGGGGGGUUAUGCGGUGAAGCCUUCGUCGACUGCCGCGGGUGCUGAAGCUACGCCCGAGCCUAGCGGUGAGGCCGGUGACGAGGAUGAAGAUGAAGAUGACCAGGAGGAGGAGGAGGACGACGAUGAAGAUGACGAUGAGGACUAUGAGGAUCAAGAAGAUGAUGAAGAUGACGAGGAAGAUGAGGAUGCGCAGCCUGGGUGGCAGCGUCACCACAAACAUGAGUAGAGAUCUUCUAGGGAUAGUCGGUUUGGCGUAUUCAAUCGGGUGGCCUUGCUUGAUGUAUUGCCACUUCGUUUUCGCUUCUACAUGUAUAUGAAAUUAUAAGGUUCA